AUGACGCUAAUCAACCCGUGUCUCAAUCCAAAUAUCCCACCCAUUCGCAUCGAACUUUCCGAUAUUCCGUACAAAGAUUAUCACGAACAGUAUCACUACGCUGUCAGAGUUGUCAAGGGAUACUGGCGACAGGCAACCAAUAUGACUAUUGAGGACCAGGUCGAAUACAAAACUCUCAUUGAGCAACAGCAGUUCGUUAGACAGGGACUUGCAAAUUACACUCCAAGCAGCCACAGCGUCUACGGGUCGUGCCAUGUCUCGCCGACAUGGGCCAAAUAUAUUUUCCUCAAGUCGCUCUACUGCAAUGUCAAGAUGCCUACUCUUGACCGCCAAGUGCAAGGCACCGCCAAGUGCGAUAUAAUCGAAGACCUCGAGAGGACAUAUCGCACUUACUGUCCGAAGCAGGCCAGAGAAUUGAAGCGCAAGGAGACUCGACCCUCAGAAGUCCAAAUGGCUACCAUUCUCAGCCAAUCGAAUGACUCUCCCCUUCUGACCAACACAUCGGCCGUAACUAGUGAUCUUGAGAGCCUUGAAGUCCGCUUGAAGGAAUACAUGGAUUGCCACCUCGACAAAAUUCGACAAAGUAUUUUUGACGCAUGUGUAGAGCAAGGAAACAGGAUUACAACUGCGACUGAGCGGAUAUCCCUAGUCAUGGACAAGAUGGAUCAACUAGAGAGAGAACAGACAGAGUACUUUGGUGGUAUAGAGAAGAAAAUCGACCGCAUGGCCGCUGACCAGAUUACGCUCGAGGAAAUCUGA